CCUUUGACAAACAUUGCUUAAUAGCUCCACAGCGCACCUAGUCAUGCAUGUGACGGGUGAGGUUAAGUGGGUACAGCUAUGCAGACACCCCUGUUCAAAGCACUGCACCCGCGUAUAUAACUUUCCCGUGGCGUCGAUGCAGGUAGCCACAGAGAGAACUGAAAAGGCGAACGAGAAUCACAAAGUGACAUCAAAGUCGAUGAUAGAGUUACUUCAAAAAUCUUCACAGCACUUUCAUCGUUUUAUGGCCUUGAAUAACGGAGUAAAAAAACACAAUCCUGAUGUUAUACAAGCAAUAGAUUACAAGAAAAGCGCAGAAGGACGAUGAGUCUCUUUACCGAUCCAGAAAUUUCCAUUCCUGCUCCCUACCCAUACUCCUAUAAUCCGCCAGCCUCUGAUUCUGACUCCACUGAUUCUGAAGAAGGUCGACAUGGAAGGCGAUGCAUGAAGAGGGCGCUGGGGUGCAAGCUUACACUAUUCCCAACUCUUAGGUUUUGUCGGCGACACAUGUGGUUGUCCAAAGUGCCCCGCGCGAGAUGUUGUCCAAAGCCACGGACCGUGACGACCAUGAAGUGCUGCACCACCAUGGCGGCCUUGUUGCUGCUGACCUUGACACUCAUCGCCUACGCUACCAACCGUGACCUGACGCUGAGCGUGGCGGGAGCGUUGUCGCGGCCAUUUCCGGCAGCACCGCCAACGGAAGGGUCAUUCGGCCUUUUGGGAGAGCAGAUUGACAGCGCGAUUGCCCUAUCCUCCAACCCAGACAAAGAAAGCACAGAGGAUAAAAAUAGACUACAAGAGGCUGUUGCAGAUAGCAAAACCAUGGACGCGGACUUCAAGGGCCAGACGAAGAUCAGCCUCGUCCACUACGUCUGGUGCGGGUUACGGCUUUUCGACUUCCGGAACUAUCUGGCUAUACGUAGUGCGCUGCAGGCUGUUCGGCCUGAGAAGGUUGUUGUCCACUAUGACUACCUGCCCAUGCAGGACCCCGAGUCAUAUUACACCUGGCUGGACCUCCUGCAGGAACAGUACCCCAACGUGAUGCUGCUAAAGGUGGACAAGACGAGUCAGCGAGAGUGCAGAGCUAGCGGACCCACCCGCUUUCUUCUGAUCUUGGACAUCCUGCAGCGCUACGGCGGUAUGUACCUUCCGGAUGACGCCAUUUUCUUGCGGAUCCCGCAGCGCCAUCUGGAAAAAGACUUCGUCUCGGGAGUGGCCUCCUGCUCCUUGACCUACUUCGCGGAGGGCGCGAUUGUGGUCACAGUGCAAAAUGUCAGUCUGCCUCAGAAGGACAAGCAGCUUCUGCGCAGGAUCAGCCAGUGUCAAGCUAAGGAGGACGAUCUUCGCCCUUGCAUCACGGACGCCCGCUUCCUGGAGCUGCCGUCCUCCCAGCCAUCCUGCGUGCGCCUGCAUUCCGUGACCUUUCCUAAGGACAUCUGGUACUCUUACGACCGCCUGUCCAACCUCAGCAAGAAUGUAGCCUACGGUACGUCCUACGUGAUGCCCAGGCGCAGUCCAUACGCCGAUGAUCGUACGCCUCGCAUCGCACACUACCUGUGCACUGAUGACUGCCGGCUGUCCUUCAGUGUUUAUUUAAGUGUUCUCAGUGCUCUGCAUGUUGGGGAACUGGAUCGCGCAGUGAUUCAUGGGCCGGUGCAGCCAUCUGGACCUUGGUGGCAACGACUUCAGCAAGAUGUCGGGAGCAGAGUCUUGUACCUGAACAGAGAGUUCCCCCUCUCAAGAGACCCAAGUCUGGAAAUGACCAACCAAAUGCGUCGUUACAUCAUGCGCACAGAAAUACUGGUGCAUUAUGGCGGCAUCUUCAGCGAUGGUCACGUGUUUUGGACGCAGCGGCUUCCGGAUGAAUUGCUUGAGUACGAAGCAGUGGCGUCCCCUGACUGGCAUGCGCACGGCAGCUGGCCAGAGUCCAUCAACCACGCCCUCCUCGUUGCGCGUGGGGGAGCUCUGUACUUGCAAAGACUCCUGGACGUGUACUAUGACAACAGCAACACACAGUCUCCUUGGUUCCCUGACCACUAUCUGUCUUACAGACUACUGGAGGUGGAUCCCACUCUUUUGUAUCUCUAUCCGCGGUUACAGGUAAAAUGUUUGAACCACAACUGCCACCCGGUGUGGGAAGAGGGCUAUCGGUCGACUUUCCUGCAGAACAGGCCGGGUCAGCAGUUCGACUGGCAGAAGGACACGUUGACCGUCUACUGGCUGGACUCCUUUCCGGAUCUGGAGGUGGAUCAGGUCAGGUUCAGCACUGGCCUCAUCGUGGACAUCGCCAGGUUUAUCCUGAGGGCCGCAAAUGUGGGGAUUGACUUUCUGUGAUAUGUUGCUGUGUUCUCAAUGCAUCAUCAUCAUCAUCAUCAUCAUCAUCAUCAUCAGCA